UUUCGCAUCAUCCAUACGACCACGACCACAACGUAGCAAUGACGGAUGCGACAGUGAGCCCUGUCGUGCUCUCCGAGUUCUACUCUGCGCUCGCCAUGUCGGACUGGGCUCGAGCAAUGCGCGCAGUGACGCUCAACGCAAAAAAGGAGCGCGAGCUCAAGAAGACGUCCGUCGCCUUCUUCAACCACCAUCUGUUGACGGUGCUGAACCAGCUCGUCGCGGCGUGCCAGAUGCACGGCUCGCUCAUCUUCUUGGAAUACAAGUGGUUUCGCAAAAACACACUCGCGCUCACGUACACGACGCUCUUGGACGAGCUCGCGCGGACGGAAGGCAUGCUCAAGGACGGCGCUUUGCUCCAAUCCGACGAGGAGACGCGGCUGAUCCAGGCCGUCUGCGUGCACACUGCAACGUUCUUGCGAGCGCGAUUGGAGCUCAUGCAAGCGUACAUUGGACUCGCGUCACUCACAGUGCCCAGCAUCCCCCAGUACCUCGAGAUUGUCGCCGCGCUGCGAACGACGCUGGAGCGCUACCGCGCAGGCCUGGGACACCCCCUCUUCUUCCCACUCAAGCUUGGCCAUGAAGUUGAAGUAACCAUCCUGCUUUCGCUACUGUUGGCCCAGGUGGCCAUGUGCGAGUAUCGGUUUGUGGACGCGGUGACCAACUUGUUUCGCGCAAAAGCCGAGUUUGAGCGCUGGCGUCGCAUCAUGAUGGCGAUUGCCGUCGAUCGACCAUACCCUGUGCCAUUACAACCGGGCGAGUCGCAGUCCCAGUCGUCUGCUCCUGGCGCGGCUCCUGCAGGAGCCCAGACUCCGCUUCCAGAGUCCUCGACCGCUUCAAAUCCCUUGCUGUCGUCGUCAUCGUCAGUCCCCACCUCUCACGCGGACCCAUUAUCGCUGCCAACUCACCACAACAUUCCUCCGCUCGUCAUGGACUCGUCCACCUCACUCAGCUCGUUCCAGCCUCCAAACACGUACAAGUGGCUCAACGCCUUCCACUCCAACCUUCUCUCCAAGUUUGCCCUCUACUUUCACCAUAUGCUGCGCAAGCACACUGCACUCGAUAUGAAAAAUCUCGUGGCCCGUUGCGAUGUCGACUUGGUUGGCACCAUUCGCUCAUUCCACCGCAAGACCAACGCGCUCGUAUCCAUUGUGCUGUGCGCAGAGGACCUGCCAUUCUCCAUGGACGGAUACCUGCACCCCUCACAAAGGCCCGACCCACCCACAGGCAUGCAGUGCUAUCCAGCCAUUUUCAGUUAUCCGGGAGAACGGCCACUGGAGCACUGGCCGAGCGUUGUCUCGCUCAUUACCUCCAAUAGCUCUGCACUAUCGUCGACGCGUCGCGUGUACUUUUUCGACCCCAGUCCGAAAGUGCAAUCCACGUAUUUCAUCACCUCUGUUGACUCCAAUGUCUACUGCGUGGUCAUCUUUACCCAGCAAAAGCGGCAAGAGAAUGACCAGGCGGUCAUUGACUUUUUCGCUACCCUUUCUUUGACCUUGCGCAACACAAAGCCCAUCCAGAUGCUGCUGAAGCAAGGCUGAGCAUCCUUCCGUUGUGACAUUGAAUCGACCUCCAGCCACUUUCGUAAUUUUUGUUGCGCGCUCUCGCUUCCAUCGAGCACCAACUCGUUAAUACACCCAAUGAACCUUGUUUUUUCCUCCCCCCCGCCACCUUGCUUUCCAU